UGAAUUUUUGUUAUUUUUAUGUGAUUUAAUAAUUAAAAGUUGUUUUUUUCGGAAAAAUACUUUAAACAAAAUAAGAAAACAAACAAAAAAUUAAAAUAAUUAAAGAAAAUGUGAAAAUCGUAACUCGAAACUGGAAAUUUAAUGAAAAUUAAGAGAAAGAAAAGAAAACACAAACUUAAAUAAACAGUUGAAAAAAAGUCUAAGGUUACCCACGUAAAUGAACUGAAUUGGAACACACUCGAAACAAAGAGAUCUCAUACAGACAUUCAAACAACAUCUCCCAGUGGGAAACAUUGUACACACGGUAGCGUUUAUUUAUUUAUUUAGCAACAUUCCUCUAAUCUGCUGCUAGACAAAUAGCUUUUCAAGCGUAACAGGCCCACCAACCAACUCAAACAACACUUAACAGCGUUUAAAGAAAUUUCCACACAACAAAAUUGUCAUUAUUUUCUUGAAAUAUUCUUUAUUACGAGGCACGUAUGCCUUCGCCGCCGUGUACACCACGCUCCAUACGCAAUACACCCGCUUUUCCACCAGCUCCAAAAUUAGCUAGAGCUAAAUUAAAAUCAUCAUCGUUAGAUCAUGAAAUAUUCUUAACCUCGAAUCGCAAAUUGAGACCUUUGCAGGCUAGUUCCUCGUUAGAAUGGCAUCAACAUCACCAGCUACAGCAUCAAAACUCAAUAGCUCAUACUAUACCGCGCACUGGAUCCACCUCAUCUUUAGCCAGUAGUAUACAAUUUCCCUCCUCACUAGCGGCAGCAAAUAAUUAUCAAGAUUUUAAGCUCGAUAUCAUUAAUCAGGGAAAAUGUCUUUGCGGCCAAUAUAUACGGGCCCGACUGAGGCGAGCGGGAGUUUUAAAUCGUAAAGCCAUACAAAGACUACGUUGCAUAUUGGAGCCAUCAUCCGAAGUGGUGUAUGAAGUAUUUCCAGCACUAAAUAGUAUGGGCGAAGAACUGGAACGAAUGCAUCCUCGCGUGUAUACAAAUGUCUCGCGACAAUUGUCACGAGCACCCUAUGGCGAAUUGGUGGACAGUGAUACGGCACCAAUGCUCUUGAAUCUGGUGGCCAAAGAGCUGUUUUCACGCACUCACGACAAGGAGCGUAUAACAUGGGCGAAAAUAAUUUCAGUAUUUGCUGUAUGUGGUGGCUUUGCCAUAGACUGUGUACGUCAGGGUCACUAUGACUAUUUGCAAUUUCUGAUCGAUGGUAUGGGUGAUAUAAUCGAGGAUGAUUUGGUACAGUGGCUGGCAGAGCGUGGUGGUUGGUUGGGUUUACAGCAGCAUAUACGCCCCAAAGGGUCACAAAACAUUAGUUUCCUGGAUUGGUUAACGCUGUUCGUGGCGAUUUCAGCCAGUCUAUAUGUUAUAGCGAAUUUCAUUAAACACAUCGGUUGCCAUUGUUAUUCAUUGUUAUUUUAAUUUUUCUUUAUUUUCUUUUUCUUAAAUUUCUUAUAAGUUGCGUUUCAUAUUUAGAGCGUUAGUUUAUUGUUUUAAUACUUGUUUGUUAAAUUGUUUAAAUUAAUUAAGAAUAUUAUUCCACGUUGGAUUCGCUAUCGAUUUAUAUCUCGAUAAAAAAUAUAACAACAACGUUCCCAGUGACACCAGUUGAUAAUAAGGCCAUGGGGUUACAAACAUUCCUAAAUGAUUUGACCUGUUUUAAAAUAUUUAAAAAGAUAUACAUAAAUAAUAAACUAACAUUAUAAAUAUGAAACUUAACUUAUUUCAAGUAACAUUUUCCUUAAAUUAUUAAUUUUCCUUUAUUUUACACUACUAUUUAGUUUGUUAAAUUAUAAUAAUGUUGGUAUGUAUUUUAAAGAAAUUGUUAAAAAAUCUAUUUUUUUAUUAUUAUUCAUUUUAUUUUUGUUUUUUUUAAUGUUUUCUUAGUCACUACAUAUUAUAAAAUAAAUAAAAACAAUUUAUUUCGAAACGAA